GUGGCGCCGGGGGAUGCUCGUGCUGGGCCGGGCCUCUCCCUUCUCAACUUAGGGCGGCGGCGGGCCCGCGCCCCUGGCUCCCAGGCCAUGGCGCUGAGGGAGCUCAAAGUGUGUCUGCUGGGGGAUACAGGUGUGGGUAAAUCAAGUAUUGUGUGGCGGUUCGUGGAAGACAGUUUUGACCCGAACAUCAACCCAACAAUAGGGGCAUCUUUUAUGACCAAGACUGUCCAGUACCAAAAUGAACUACAUAAAUUCCUCAUCUGGGACACAGCUGGACAAGAACGGUUUCGUGCCUUAACGCCAAUGUACUACCGAGGCUCGGCUGCAGCUAUAAUUGUUUACGACAUCACGAAAGAAGAGACAUUUUCAACAUUAAAGAAUUGGGUAAAAGAGCUUCGGCAGCACGGCCCACCCAAUAUUGUAGCUGCCAUUGCAGGAAAUAAGUGUGAUCUUACCGAUGUAAGAGAGGUCGUGGAGAGAGAUGCCAAGGACUACGCUGACUCCAUCCAUGCAGUCUUUGUAGAGACAAGCGCGAAGAACACGAUAAACAUAAAUGAACUCUUUAUAGAAAUUAGUCGAAGAAUUCCAUCCACUGACGCUAGCCCGCCUUCUGGUGGAAAGGGCUUCAAACUCCGCAGACAGCCUUCGGCGCCAAAGCAGAGCUGCUGCUGACCGGGCCUCGGACCCCCGGGCUUCCCGAUGAAGUAGGUGGCCCUGACAGGUCUAGGGAGGGCUAGGCCCCGCCUCCGGGGGUCGCCUGCCAGUCUUGGAUCUUCUUCGGGCAACAAGGAUUCACAGGAAUUGACCGGUUUCGUCUCCCCUUUGGAGACUGCAGCAAUAAUACGUCAGUCUGUGGACUUCCGUCCUGUAAAGAAUCUCUGUGUACACAGGGACUGCAU